CAGAUUUAAUGUGAGUUAAUCCUUAUCUACUAUGGAAAAUUAUCAAGAGGUUUGAGAUUAAUUCUACUUAGAACCAGCGAGUCAGCGACAACGACUGUAGUAGCGCGUUACGAGAGUGAUCACAUUCACACGUGUCUCCCUUGCCACAUCUACUUACCAAUCAUAAACUGAUAAAACCUUGUAGAUCACACAUGUUAAUGAAUUUAAUUACAUUAUCUCUACUCGAUUUACCAAAUUAACCCUACGUAGCUUGCUCCGCAAGUGAAAGAAUUGGUCUUGAAAAGACUUGGUCUGUGACUUUGUGAUGAGUGUUGUGUCUCUCAAAGCCUUAUUUAAUAGCCUCUCUCUCAACGUUAUUUUACUCGCAUUCGAAUUCGUUUCUCUGCUUCACUCUUUUGAUUCCUUUCUACUUAUUAGAUACUAUAUGACCAUGGAGCUUCCAUCUCCUUACAGCUCAAGAAAGGAGGAAUCAACCGUUCCUCCAAAGAGAGGCCGAAUUAAGAUCAUGAUCGUUCGCCAUCUAGUAAGAUCAGCAACCUCGAUCGCGCUGCAUCCGAGAAGAGGCCGAAUCAAGACAAUGAUCGCUCGUGAUCUAGUCGGAUCAGGGAAAGAAAACAACAACGACGGAGACAGCAAAAGAGAAGGCUAGUGAAGAUGUGUUAUAAAGUUUUACUCUGUUUCAUACAAAGUUUGUGGUAAAUAUUUUUGUAUCUUUGUAAAUAUGUAAAAUACAGUAGUAUGUUUCUUUAGAAGUUUACCCGUUUUGAUUUUUAA